ACUGCCUCAGUUAACGUGUGGCAGCCGUAGGUAAACUUACCUCCCAGAGCGUGUAUGAGCAACAGGUGAGGAAAAUACAUCGAAACCGAAGAACACAAAAUGCAUAAGUUUUUCGUUCAAAUAUAUAUCUUCGUGUUGAUCAUUUGGGCUGUGGAAAAGUCUGAUUGCAAACAAGGAGCAGCAUGCUUAAAUUAUGGUCAUUCGUGUUGGGGAGCUCACGGCAAGCGCAACGUCCCAAACGACCUAGACAGUUUGAUAAGAUAUCGGAUGGCUGUUUUUAAGAAAUCGGGACACAGAGACUCGCACAUAAAUCCAAACGCAGACCAAUCGCAAGAAGAUAUUCCAAACUAUUACAACAUUUUCAAACAUUAUUCAAAAAUAAAUUCGAUGAAAACAAAUAACGAUGACACUGUUGACACCUGGAGCCUUGAACCGAGCAAUAACUUACCUAGCGGUGGGUCGUACUACGAAGAUCAAGUCUUAGAUCCCAGGAUUGAAUAUAAAAUUAUGAAAAUAUAGGCGAAGAAGUACCACAAUUUAUUCUACAACGUUAAUAGUUCAUACUUGGAGAAACCGGAAAAAUUAAUAUUUCAAAUAUGUAACAACAAUACCUUGUAAAUGUCAAAAUAAUAAGGAUAUUGAAAUUUUGGUCACAUAAUAUUUUAAUUUAAAUACAUAACCUACGAACACCGUUAAUGCAAACAUUAUUUAUAUUUUCUGAUAACAUUUAAAAAAGUGUUUGUUUCUUUGUACUGAUUAAGAAUUAUAUAUUUAUUCGUAUUUUUAUUUUAAGUAUAAUAUGUAACAAAGUCUUACUUACAAACAUAUAUUUGCUUACAAUAAUAUAGUUUAUUAAUAGACAGUUAUUAAAUCUGUAGUAGGUACAAGUCUGUAUAUUAAAAAUGCUUCCAAUUCCAA